AAGUUUGCAGAUGAGAUGUAUAACCUUUAUGGUGGGAAUGCAGUAGUGGAAGUAGUAACAGUAAAGGCUUUUGACACUCCCCUUGUGAGAAAGACACGAACUGUUCUUCAGACAAAACCAAAGAAAGUUAAAGGAAACCUAUACAACCUUGCACACAGGUACAGUGCAAAUUAUGCAGUAGUCUUCAACAUAGUUCUUUGGUUAAUGCUGGGCAUAGCCUUAGCUGUGAUCAUCAUCUCCUACGGGCUAUGGAACAUUGAUCCUGGAUACGAUGGCAUUGUUUAUAGGAUGACAAAUCAGAAGAUCCGAAUGGAUUAACCUUUUUUUUUUGUGCCAUCCUACUAAAAGAAUAUGGGAACUACCCAUAUUAUAUUAAGAUAAAUGUUUGGGUAUGGCUUAAAGUGGAUGUUGUAUUUAAAAUGUAUUAAAAGUUGAUUUGUUUUCUAUUUUGUGUGUACUUGUAACCAUUUUUCAAAGUGGGUAGUAUUUAAGUGAAAUUGUGACACAAAUCUUUCACUCUGCUAUGUUACUACAGUGGUGUUAAAAUAUUUCAUUCCAUUUUAAAUUUGAAAAUAUGCACUGAAAAUUCUUUAAGUAUUUAUGCUUAAUAUAUAAAUGUUAGCCUUUUUGACUCAUUUCUGUGGAACAAAUGCACUGAAAGUAUAAUAGAAUUUUUUCUGAGUUCUUUAUCUCUACAAUGGUACGGGUAGAAAUCAUCUCUAGAUUGUUAUGUAUUAUUAUGCACUACUUGUAAAUGUCUUAAGGUGAUAUAAAUAUCUUGAAUAGUUGCUAGUUGAAAGUUUUUAUGAUCUUCAAAAGCCCUAAAAUGGGGGAAAUGCUUAUACACAUAGUUUUAGAAAAAUAUUCCCAUAGACAGAGGAUAACUUUUUUUUUUUACCUCUUCUGAAAGUUUGAUGAUUUAUUAAGAAGUGGUUAAAACCUAGAAAGGGAAUCAUGUAGAGUAUUUGACUGGACUGGACCCAGGAGACCAGGGUUCUUCUAAUUCCACUUCAUGCCAUGUCUAGCUAUGUGACAAUGGAGGAGUCACUAACCUCUUUGGGCCUCAGUUUCCCCUUCUUUAAAAUGAGGGGCUUGGACUUAAAUGCCAUUUCAGUUCCUGCCAACUCUGAAAUACUCUCAUUUGUCGGCAUAUGGUAUUGUGAAUUCUUACAGUUAUGUACACAGACACACAUUUCUGUAUGGUGGUACUUUUGGGAAUGGCUUGAGUUGAAAAUCCAUUUUUUAUUUUAAUGUCUGUUUUUCAACUCCUAUAUUAGUUUGUGAGGUUGAUGUUACAAUUUCAUUCUACAGAAUGCUAAACAGAUGAUUCCUACUUUUUGAUGUGGACCAAUGUAUCAAGCUUAUAAGUGACUGAAAUAAAUAAAAAUUGAUAAGGAUUGCAAA